AGUGUGGCAUCACGUGUUAAAGAGGAGGGUUGUGUGUGUGUUUUGCCGCUGCUUGGUGACGGGGGAGCCCAGGAGGUGGCCAGCAAGUGAAGGAAAAGUUGACGUGAGAGGGAGCGAUGGCGGGCGAGGGGCGGCGAGGAAGCGUGGCGUCCUCCCUACUGACGGAGCUGAGCGGGGCGCCUUCAGUCACGGAGGAUGAGAUAGCAGGGCUGAGCGUGGAGCAGCUGGAGAGCGCCGGAGGGGAGCUGCAGGCCCUGUGCUCGCUGCUGCAGGCCGAGCUGGACCUGUACACGCGGUACCUCAGCAGCCAGGCACAGGACGAGGCUCAGCAGGCAACCCACACUACGGCGGGGGCGUCAGGGUCCGGCACAGCCACGCCCUCCGUCUCCUCGCUGGACGUCCGAGGGCUGCGGAGGGGCCAGGUGAUGACGAGAGGAACCACCAAGCCCUCCGACAGACUCUCGGAGCGGCAGAAGACUCGCCUGUGGCAGCGGGAACUUGAGAUCGUGCUGGCCAACAAGAGGAAGAGGGAGAAAAUGUGGCUGCAGGAGCUCCACAAAUACCAAGUGUCCGUCAUGGAGGCGGAGGCAUGUCAGAAGGACCUGCAGAAGGCUCAGGAGGGGCUGGCCAGGCUGGCAGUGGACUGCAGGAGGCUCAGCUUUGACCAACUGCACAGGUUCAUGGAGGAUCAGCUGCGGGGGUGGCUGAAGCAGGCGUCACAGGUGUGGGUUCAGGUGGCCCUCCUCCGUGCCGACCUGAGCAAGGCACGGGCCAAGAGAGAGCGGCGGAGGGGCGGCCAUGAUCCAGCAGGGCAGCCCGUCUCACAGAUCAACUUUCUGAGGCAGCAGCUGGAACACUCAGAGGUGAAGACGAAGGUAGAUGACAACAGAAAGGUGCUGAGUGACCUUCUACGGCAGUUAGAACGAGAGAGGAGGAAGGCCGUCAGCUUGGAGGAGGAGAACCAGAGGCGGGUGAGGCGACUGGAGGAGCUGCGGAGGGAGGUGAGGGAGGCGGAGCAGGAGGUGACACGACUCCGCCUCACCUCCACGCGGGUCUCGGAGAGGGUGGAGAAGAUCAGUGCCUCCACCUGCACCAAAUUGACGGCCCUUAAGUCUUUGCCGCAGCAGCCAACCCAGGUGACCGACUAUCUGCACCUCAGUGAUGAUGUACGGAGGCUGAGGAAGCAGGUGGCGAUGUGGAGUCGGAGAACCGGGGGGCCAUAGACACAUCCAUGACCUAGUGUGACUUGGCGUGACCUUCAGUGACCCGCCCAACCAUAAUGACCUUCCAGGGACCAUUAAGAAACAGGAUCCCCACUGCUACCGUGUUAAUUGAUAUAAGGCAGGAAGGUCACAGCUGUUUGAUUAACCAUCCCUACUGCCUUCGUAGCAAUGGGAGCUGCAUGAGAGAAGAAUUACCAGGGUGGUGUUGGCCAGGAAGAGAAGUGGACCCCAGACGCCUUGGAUGUGGGCCAAGUACUAGCCACCUGGAGUGCUGAGUGUUGAAUCUUUUCCCUCCUACUCUUUUACACUUCUUGCUCUUUUCCCUCAUUUCCUCUUGCAUGGUUCACUUGUUACUGUUAUUCUCUCUCUGCCUGCUUCCCCUCUUUUUUUUUUUUUUAUUCUCUCCUCUGUUUCCCCUCCUUUCAGAUUCCCGUGGAUGCAGCUUCCCUUCCCUCCCAAUAAUUUUAAGAAAAGUAAUGGUCGACAUGUGAAAGUUUAUUUUAGAAAUAAUUAUACAGUCAUUGAUAAUAUUUAGAUUCUGAAAAUAAGGUUUUCUGACAUUGAGCUUUAUAGUGCAUGCAGGUUCCGCUAAUCCGCUAACCACUAAUUAGCGAAGCUAACUUUUCAGUUAGCUGCUUAGCAUUUUCGCUAACUUUGGAAAGUUAGCGGACCAAUUAGGUUCUGCCAAAUGUAGUUCCUCCUCCGCUAACUUUAAGUCCACUAAAAAAAUUUUACAGGUUUGUUCUUGUCUUUCUGCACUGCUAUUGCAAGUUCAUAUAUAAGGCAUAAAUAAAGUGUAUGUUGAAUUUAAUUUGUUUAUUUGAGUACACUUUAUCAUCAUCUGAUUUUGGCAUGGUAUACCUUUCUGGAAAGCUCUAUGUCUAAUCUACAACAUUGAAAUUUCAGGUCAGUAGGUCUAUAUUUAAGGGUUUUAAAGACAAAAUACUAAACUGAAGCUAAAUCCAAGUAAAAAAGUUAGCAGUUAGUGUUUGCUUCCACUAAUUUCUUUACCAGUUUAGCGUCAGCGAAGCCAACUUUUUAGUUAGUGGAUUACCAAUUGGCGAAGCUAACUUUUCAGUUAGCAGUGCCCACCACUGCCUGGACCUUACUUAAAAUGAUAGGCAUGUGAUAAAGAGGACUAGCUUUGAACAUCAUUGCAGCAAAUGUGAUUCGUUGUGCAAGCUGAGGUCUACCUGGCCCCAACUCUCCCAGGUGUACAUCACGAAGCUCAGCGCCAGUCACCACCACCUCACCCUCUGCCAGCUCUCCCAAGUAUCAUGAAUCUUACUGUUGACUUCAGCUCAGACUCGUAUGAACACUGAGUUUGCCAAUGGUAAGAUUACUGACCAGGUAGAGUCUGGGUUAAUGAGGGGACGGGGUUAUGGGACUACAUGACAGACUCCAUGAAUGGGUCCUGGCCAGGAUGCUAAUGAAGGAACAGCACGCUUAUUCAAUCAAUUACUCCUCAUUUCCCAGUUUUGGUCGUCAUGUUGCGGCACCAUCAACCAGGACUUUCCAUCCAAGGGUGAUGGGUGUGUAUCUCUCCAUGCUGAAGUCUUGUUCUGAAGGCCUCAGCCACACCACUCACAGGAGACAGUAGCAGCUGUAAUGCAGGCAGAGUAUGAAUGAAAGGCAUCAACAAAUUCCAUGGAUAAAAGUGUUGGAUGUGGUGAUCAUUUGAAGACAAUUGAUUAACAGGACUACAAAAUUUGGAGAUACAUCAGAGUUUGUGAAAGGCAGCUGACUUGUUCCACCAGUGUGUUCAAGAAAUCUCUCCCUCCCGGCCAGCACAGUACGAGUGGCUGCUGCACUGCCACACACCUGAAAGCAAGACAAGAUUAACAUUCCAGCUUCCUUGGUCCCUCGUGUCACGGAGCACAGGAAUGAAACUAUGUCCUCUUAGAUUUGGUUGUUAAAAGGUCAUUAAUACAUUUUGUGUUCUAGAUGUCUGUAUGGUUGCUUAAUAAAUGCAGUGGCAGGGAUA